AUGUGUGGGGGAGCCCACACAACUGAUGAUAGGGCGCAACGGGACAUUCGCUUUAUGGAUCUUGGGAAGACCAUAGAUCCUCGGUGGUACCGCUUUGUAAGUGAUCAAGUGGCUUUUGGUCCAGUUAUCAACCAACCCCCGAUCAUUGUCUGUGGACUUUUCAAUGGGAAUCUCAAUUUUUGCACAUACGUGGACAGAAUGUUGAAUCAAUUCAGGAGGAAGAUAUUAAGCGCUGAAAUCAAAGUCACACAUUGGAGCAUUAGCACCUUGAAGAAGGAGAUGUCCGGCAUCAUCGAGGACAUCAAAGGUAGAAAUUGCGUUGCCUUGAAUGAUUUCAUCAGGAACCAGGAAAAAUUCUACCGUAGAAGAUUGAUCACUUUAGAGGAGACACAUAAAAGGAAAUUCUCAGCCAUCAGAUCGUCAUCCACCGGAGCUAUUCCAUACGAUGAGCAUUGGAUUGUAAAUCUGACUGAUGCCGUGAUCCCUGAGGAUGUGUCCCACCUCUUGAGUCUGGGCCAAAAGUUUGCACUUCCUUAUAAGACGAAGAAGGAUAUCCCAAUGGCGCGCCUAUUGGCGGAAGUGGAGGAUUGCAUGAGAUCAAUGGAUUGUUCGGAGGAUGAUAAAAACACGGCAAGGACACAAAUCACCAACCAGAUCACUAACUACACCCACAGACGAGAACCAAAGACCCCAUUGGAUAGUUGGCUGAGGCGAGCUUACGGAUCUUUGAGAGAAUUUAUUGGUAACAAUAAAGAUCUUGUCAUCACUUCUGCUGACAAGGGCGGAAAAACCGUUAUAAUCAGCAGGAGCUCGUACUCAUCUAAGAUGGAUGUCCUUAUCUCGGAUACUAACACCUACAAACGUCUCAAGAAGGAUCCCACUACUCGCUUUCAGAACAAGAACAAUGAAAUGGAUCUGGUGCUUGAGAGGGAUGAGAUUUUGGUGAGUUUCGAUGUUGUUUCAUUAUUCACUAACAUUCCGAGGAGUUUGGCAUUGGAUUUGAUUGACAGCAGGUGGGAUGAGAUCAGCACACACACUGAUAUUUCUCUCCAAAAAUUCAAAGAAAUGAUCACGCUCAUUAUGGACAGUGGUUAUUUCAAAUACCAAGGCGAAUUUUACCAGCAGAUUGAGGGCAUGCCGAUGGGGAAUUGUUUGUCGCCGGUUGUUGCGGACAUUACCAUGGACCACAUUAUCCGUGUGGCUUUAGACACUGUUCCAUCACCCCCACCCAAAUUGGUACUCAAAUACGUAGAUGACCUGUUUCUUGUGGUGCAUAAGGAUGUCGUCAAUCAAUUACUACUCCAUUUCAACAGCAUUAAUGAGAAAAUCAAAUUUACUCACGAGCUGGAAAAAGAAGGCGAACUACCAUAUUUGGAUACAAUGGUGAAGAGGAACGAGGAUGGCACUCUCUCAACUAGAUGGUAUCAGAAGCCUAUAGCAUCAGGUCGGAUUCUCAAUUUUGCAUCUCUCCAUCCAAUGAAACAAAAAAUUAACACAGCUGAGGGGCUCAUACACAGAGUGAAGUCUCUCACGACUGAUCCUCUCACCAAUACUGAUGCAACCAUCACUCAUUUGCUAAAAAAGAACAACUAUCCGCAACACUUGAUUGUGAAGCUGCUGGAAAAGCAAGGGGGAGUGAGACAGAGAAAUGGAGUUGAUGACUCUUUCAACACGAUCGCUGAGACCAAAUUCUGCUCAAUGACUUACAUAAAGGGACUAAGUGAGGGGAUAGCCAAAACUAUUAAGAGACACUCGAAGGAUGUGACGCUUUGUUUCAAGGCUGACAACACCUUGGGACGUUCAUUCACGAACAUGAAGGAUCGUACCCCUUUGCUGGAGAAAUCCAAUGUUAUAUAUCGCAUUCCUUGUGGUGGCUGUCGUAAAUACUACCUCGGCAGGACCUCGAGAAAAUUGGGUACAAGGAUAUCGGAACAUGAGCGAUCUACCAGGGAUUUUUCUAAGAUGGCAUCUUCUCUUGUUUCUCACAUGCGUGAGGAGCAUCAUAAUUUCGCCUUCAAUGAAGUGAGUGUAGUGGACUCCACCAAUAGAUCACAUCAACUCAACUACAUGGAAGCCUUUCACAUCAACGCUCACAACCGCGCGGGGAUGUGUGUGAACCAUCGGCAUGAGGGCAAUGACCUCAACCACAUCUUCAGUGCACUCAUCCCAUUGGCCGCAACUUGA